AUGUCUUCAAUGAUUCUUGCUGAAUUCGUGUUCAAACUAAGGAGAUCGGGUCAAUUGGAGAUUGGUUUGGUCAUUCGUAUUCGUAAGGCCCAUUCUCACAAGAGUAGCAUAGAGGCAGCGAUUACGUCAUACUACGACGCCUCUUCUCCGGUUCCUUCUCAUCAUGUCGUUAUUGGCGGGAAAAACUACCUCAAGUUGUUGGCACUCAACUCAGACCAAAACCAGGUCAUUGCAGACAUCAACAUAGUCGAUCCUUCGGCACUGAAACGGUUCCAUACUUCUCCUCGAUUGUUCAAUGUCAACACUGUAAAGUGUAACGGUGACAUGGUGGCCUGUGGCUUGACAGACGGCACGGUUAGCAUAUUUCAAGUAUCGGCUGCUGGAAAGGCCAAAUUGGCACACAAGUUCAGCGACCACAAACGUGUGAUUAACUCAAUGGAUUUUGUGGAGCUGGACCAGAUACUUCUCUCGGGCUCGCAGGACGGAACGAUCAAACUCUGGGAUCUAAGAACGUUCAACCAGAAACCGGUGGUAAAGCUACGAGCACCUCAGCACUCUGAUCCCGUGAGGGCGUGUCAGUAUUCUCCUUUCUCACGAUCUCGUGGUCGAAUGACCGUUCUCUCGGUUCACGAUUCGGGAUCGUUGUGCAAAUUCGAUUUCCGUUACCCUGGAGGUAAUCACCACAAAGGCGGCCUUCCUGAACGGAAAUGGACAUUUCAUACGGGUCCAGCACUUUCGCUACAUAUACAUCCGGAACGUGAGUACGUUCUUACGGGAGGCAGAGACCGCAAGAUAUGUCUCUGGGACUAUGAAGACUCUGUUGCACACCAUUCGGUAUCUCCUAAAGUCACUAUGAACGCAUAUGGUCCAGUUAUGAAGGUGAGGUGGUCCGACAUUCCCAAUGGAGACCCCAGUGAUGCCGGCUCUGCUAUCAGCUCAAGACACAACCUGCUCGACUUCACGGACGACUAUGCCUCGCCUCAAUCAUUGUACAAUUACGAUUUUGCAUGUUCUUAUUUGAACGACGACCCCACCAUCACUGUCUUUAAUCUUCGCAGGAAGUACAUCCCGAAGGAAGUUAUCACUACCUCCACAGGAAAGCCUGUUCAAAACUUCAUUUGGGCCCAUAACUUCCAGAACGAACGAAAAUUAUGGACAAUUACCAAGUCCAACAUCUUCGUGUCAUAUAAUCUUUCAAGAAUUCAAGAUGACGGCCUCAACAUAUCUCGGCCUUUGGAGGAACUCACCAGUGUGGCUACCGCCUGGAGCCCGAAAUCAGAGUUCUAUAUGGACCCUGCAGACUCUUCAUAUGGGCACGAAUAUGAUACUCUGGAUGCUUCAGCUGCCUUUACAGAUGAUCUAAGCGAGGAAGCCUUGAUAGAUAGAGAGCUCGAACACCAGUCUUCUUCGUUGUCUCUCGACUCCAAGUACAAAAUGCCAAACUCCAUGACAGCUUCGAGCUUCAUCUACCAAAAGUCGCCAAAAGACAGGCCCCUGCUCAUGCGUCUGUCAACCUAUAAUCCUUCAAGCGCUGCGCUCAAACUGCCUUCACCAAAUCCGCUGUCGCAUCUUGGUCCACUUGUUGAACCUGGAGGAGUUCCAGGCUCAGGCCAUGCCAAUCAUUCAGCUCAUCUAGCAAGGCCUCCGCUCACCCGAAACACAUCACAGUCAACACAAGGAUCUGGCUCUCUGUCAAUCAUGCUUCAACCACUGUCGUCUGGAGUCUCCGCCCUUCAUCAGAAGAAAAGCAGUACUAUCACUGCUGCUCCCUCACCAUACUUCGUCGCAGUUUGUCUUCCAAUUCCUCUCAACGACGAGUCGGUGUUCGAAUAUCUCGCAUAUGAAUAUUACCACACUGUUCCUGACGGAAUGUCUUUGUCAUUCGUAUGUCAAAUGAAUGCUGAGGCUGCUGCAUCGGUGCAGCGCUUUAGAGACUGUCAGGUGUGGCGGAUGUUGGCUACCGCUAUUGAGCAAAGUACUUCCUCGAUAUCCGUGACUCCUCUUGACAUUAAAAACGGCUCUAAGACACAAGAUGGGCCACAACAUCAUGAAGAUCAGCCUAUUACAGAGGAAAGGGCCUCUAUCAAUUCCGAUAUUGGUAACCUUUGUGGCUCCUACGAUCUGAACUCAACUCUGACUACCAAUUACAGGCGAAGUGAAGGCGGGGCAGCAGUGCAUAAUAUGGCUAUUCUAAGCUCAUCUAAGGAAAGUAACUCAGAUUUCGGCCCCUUGUCGCCUCAAUCAGUUAUGUCUGCGAGAGUUCCGACCAGAAACGGUGAGACAAUCUCUGGAAGAAAGUCUCACACCGCAUCCAGAGAGGACAUAUUUUUACAAGACGAUCAUGACAAGGCGGAAACCAUGGAGAUGCCAAAAAGUCCUGAGCCAACCCUGGAAUUCCCUGCAAUGGACAUCAAGGCGAAGCAAUCGCUACAAAAUCAAAAGCUGGCAUCAACCGAAAUGCUAAACCCGACUUCCAAGUCCAAAGAGCUUACCAGGAAGACAAGUUACAGCGCCUUUUCCUCUGGUAACUCACCUCGCCCUACAGGAUUAGGGCCAGACUUGGAUGAUGAAAAGCUACACUUAUUCAGCAACUCAUACAGCUCCUCAGGUUAUCAGGCUUCGGAAGGUAGAUACGGCAGCAGUGCUCAUACAAUGCUUUCAAGACAAAGACAAUCAUUUUCUUCGACAAGAGCAUCACCAGUCAAUCCUCACUAUGGUUUUAAGCCAAGAAGCGCAGAGGGAUUCAGAGGUAUCAAUUCUCAACUUGUACAGAGCCCUUCACUUGAUAAGGUUGAGGAGUCCAGCACGAAAAGUACCGAUAAAUUAACAUCUGGCUUGACCAAGGCUAUUCAAGAAAGUUCUACAGCGGCCCUGGAGUUGCUAGGAAACGAAGAGCUGAGCAAGCCGUGGAGCUUAACGAAUCUUCUUUCCAAGGCAGUUGAGUACGCUAGAGAUCAAGGCGACCUCAUCAUGUGUUCUACUAUGGUCAUGCUAUUCUAUGGACAGCUCAAAGCUUUUGAGAAGCGGGUAAUGGAUAAAAGGGCAUGCUUGGAAUGCCUUGGUCUAUAUGUGGAAUCUCUUCGACAAAAGGAGUUAUUCGCAGAGGCAACAGCUAUAGUGAAAAGCGCUCCCUCCGGCCUCAAGGGAGACCUCAGUGUUUAUGCAAGCAAGGAGGUUGAUAUGCGUUUCUUCUGUGACUCCUGCAAGAAGCUCUUGACUAAUGAAAAGACGAAGCACUUGUACGCUGGAAACACAGAGAAGUUCGGCUUUUGGUACUGUGACGAGUGCUCGAGCAAGCAGCGAAACUGUGUUUACUGCAAUGAGCCAUGCAAGGGACUCACUGUUGUCGUUGGCCUCAAAUGCGGUCAUUCUGGACACUUUGGGUGCUUGCAAGAGUGGUUCCUUGUUGACGAGCACAAUGAGUGCCCUGCUGGCUGCGAACAGGCAAGUGUAUAA